AUUCUAGUGAGUUGGAUCUGCAUAGCAGAAUUUAUGUGGCAUUACGUCCCGCGGGCCUGGGAUGACGAAGCUGUUUCAGCUCAUAUGCAAUCAAUCGCAUGAAGACUAGCUAGCAUGUUAUAGAUGAUAUGGUAUGCCAUGAAGAGCUAAGAACCGCUUUCACAAUGUGCGUAUGACUUGGAUUCAUGGAAAACCUCUGGGUAGUAUGGUGCAUGGCCCACAGGAUGACUCAAGGAUCCUAGUCCUUCUGUUGGCUGGUCUGUCUGUCACAACCCCGGGAAUCCACGCGAGUUUUGCUGCUUCAGAUACUAUAUUUACAGCGCUUGUACUGUGGACUUCGUAUUUGGCAAGGCGAGAUGAGAUAGACCCGGCCAAGAGGGGACAAUCAGCCCCUCGAAAGAGGAAGCGAGUCUCCCUUUCUUCCGUGUGGUCGAGUUGCUCUCAAAGCGACCAAAUCAUUUCGGCCCACUUGCUUACUUGAAGCUUGUAGCGGCCGGACCCCAUGUCGAUUUGGAGCUGCGAAGCAACUCCAUGCUGGGUGAGAUGUGCGCACGCGAAACCAAAU